AUGCCGCUUGCAUCUACAGAAUUGGACAGUAUUCUCCCUCUUGUGGCUAAGGGGAAAGUCAGAGACAUAUACCAAGUCAAUGACGACAGCCUUUUAUUUGUGGCCACGGACAGGAUAUCUGCAUACGAUGUUAUUAUGAAUAACGGCAUCCAGGACAAGGGAAAGAUUCUUACACAGCUCUCCAUAUUCUGGUUUGAUUUCCUCAAAGAGGAGAUUGAGAACCAUCUAAUCGCCUCUGAUGAUAAGGAGAUCUUGGCCAAAUUGCCCAAGGAGCUCUCGCAGCCUAAAUACAGAGACCAACUUGCUAAAAGAAGCUUAUUGGUCAAAAAACUUGAUAUGAUUCCGUUGGAAGUGAUCGUCAGAGGUUACAUAACGGGAAGUGCUUGGAAAGAAUACAAAAAAUCUGGUACUGUCCACGGAUUACCUGCACCAAAAGGACUUAAAGAGUCAGAUCCUUUUCCACAUCCUAUCUUCACCCCUUCUACUAAAGCUGAUCUUGGAUCUCAUGAUGAGAAUAUCUCUCCUGAAAAGGCAGCUAGGUUGAUAGGCGGGAACUUGGCCGAGAAGGUCGGUCAGAAGGCCGUGCAACUCUACACGAAGGCCAGAGAUUACGCCAAAACCAGGGGAAUCAUCUUAGCAGAUACCAAAUUUGAAUUCGCUCAUGGUGAAAAUGGUGAUAUUAUUUUGGCCGAUGAGGUUCUCACACCGGACUCUUCAAGAUUCUGGAGUGCCAAAGACUAUGAAUCAGGAAGAUCCCAGAAAUCGUACGAUAAGCAAUUUCUCAGAGACUGGCUCACAGCCAAAGGCUUGAAUGGUAAGCAGAAUGUUACCAUGCCUGAAGACAUCUUGAAGAAAACGAGUGAAAAAUAUAUCGAAGCCUACGAGGACUUGACUGGAAACCAAUGGUGA